CCCUCCAUCCUCUCUCCCCGCUCCGCCUGUGAUUGGCUGAGCCCCCAGCCCUCCCGCUCCCCUCUCCUCCACCCCUGGUGAAAACUGCAGGCAGCGAGCAGGGUGCAGCAACUGGAGGCGGCCGCGCGUCGGGAGGAGUCAGCAGCAGCAGAGGACCCGAGUCCAGGUCCAGGACUGAGCUGUUGGCACCAUGCACCCAGCCAUUGGCAUCGCUCUCCUGCUGACAGUCUUGCAGGUGUCCCGAGGGCAGAAGGUGACCAGCCUAACGGCCUGCCUGGCAGACCAGAGCCUCCGUCUGGACUGCCGCUAUGAGAACACCACCACCUUGCCCAUCCAGUACGAGUUCAGCCUGACCCGUGAGACAAAGAAGCACGUGCUCUAUGGCACUGUGGGGGUGCCUGAGCACACAUACCGCUCCCGAACCAACUUAACCAGCAAGCACAACCUCAAGGUCCUCUUCUUAUCUGCCUUCACCACUAAGGACGAGGGGACCUACACAUGUGAACUCCGCCUCUCUGGCCAGCCUUCCUCCGUCUCCUCCCAAAACGUCUCUGUGCUCAGAGACAAACUGGUCAAGUGUGAGGGCAUAAGCCUGCUGGCCCAGAACACCUCGUGGCUGCUGCUGCUCCUGAUGUCCCUGUCCCUCCUCCAGGCCACGGACUUCAUUUCCCUGUGACUGCUGGGGCCCAUGGGGGAUACAGGAAGCCAUGAGUCCCAGUGCAGAGAUCUGACUUCUCUGAGUCAGCUGACUACCCCCAUCCCUCACUCACCUCGGGGAGAAAUGGGGACCCCACUCCUUAUCAGGAGCCCCAGUGCUGCAUGCCAUGAUCUACUCCCCCACCCCGGCCCCCCGCCACUGCCACCUCACCCUCCCUGCACACCUCUGGCUGUCCUUUUGUACUCUUUGUUCCAGAGCUGCUUCCGUCUGGUUUAUUUAGGGUUUCUCCUUCCUUUCCUUUGGGAGUUUGUGAAAAGGGAAGCCAGAGUUGGGGACCUGAUGGAGCUUGAAAGCGUGUGAGGGGUAGUGGGCUGCAGGGGUACCAGCCAGUGGGGGCUCAUCCUUGCCCACUGGGACCAGAAGCCUGAUGUGCAUGGGGAGGGGGUGGGGUGUGUCAAGCCUAGUGCCCCACUCGGCAGGCAGGGCUGGCACCAGAAGACCACAGGCGUGAGAACACCACCAUGCAUCUGCAGGGGCAUCCUCAGCCACAGCAGAAAAAGCCCUGUCUUACCACUGCGGGAGCCCCCUGGGGACCCUGGGCCAGGGGCACACCCCAGUGAAGAUCCGCAUUCUGCCAAGGGAGCUGCACUAAUGGGGGGUUGGAGAAGAGGCUGGGGGGUGAGGGCCCCUCACUCCUCCCUUCCUAAGGAAGCUGAAAGUGUUAGCCUUCCUGCCCCCACCAGCAGUGAGAGGGCUGCAGAGGCGGCCAAGCCCCUCCCAGGCUGUCCCAGGCCCCCAGGAGCUUCCAGAAGUCAGGUAGGAUAGAGUCCGAGAGCCACAGGGAGUUUGGCCCCUGCUGGCUGGUGUCUGAGCCCCUCGGCAGCCCCCUGGCCCACAGGCCUGCCUUCUCAGGGACCUCUGGGGCGCCUGAGGCAGGCUGCGGCGAGAGACCCGGGAGCGGGACACUCCUGGGAAGAUGGCUUUUCCCAACCCCCGCUCCCUGCCCGGCAGCCCUGCCUGUCCUGUGACCUUGUGUAGUGCCACCACAGCUUAUGGCAUCUUAUUGAGGAAAAAGAAAACUACACAAUAAAACCAAAGCCUCUGGAAUCUGUCCUCGUGUCCAUCCCUGCUUCACUCCCCUGGCAGUCCCCAGGCUUAGCCAGGUAUUUCCAUGGACGGGAGGUCCAACACGCCGCCCCGAUGCUGGGGGGCACCACCUCCCCUCUUCCCUGCCUCCUCCUGCCCUCCUGCUUGUGGCGACCCUACCCCCAGGGGCAAACCACUGCAUGCUGGCCUUCUUUUCAGAAUGAGCCUGAUGUGACACAUUUGCCCAAAUAAAUGAAUAUUCCAUGUC